CAGAUUUACGGACGCCGGUGAGCGGCGGGCGCCGCAGGACCUGGAAACAUGGCGGUCUUAGCGCCUUUGAUUGCUCUGGUGUAUUCGGUGCCGCGACUUUCACGAUGGCUGGCCAGGCCUUACUACCUGCUGUCUGCCCUGCUCUCUGCUGCCUUCCUGCUCGUGAGGAAAUUGCCACCGCUCUGCCAUGGACUCCCCACCCAACGCGAAGACGGCAACCCGUGUGACUUUGACUGGAGAGAAGUGGAGAUAUUGAUGUUUCUCAGUGCUAUUGUGAUGAUGAAGAACCGCAGAUCCAUCACCGUGGAGCAACACAUAGGCAACAUCUUCAUGUUUAGUAAAGUGGCCAAUGCAAUUCUUUUCUUCCGCCUGGAUAUUCGCAUGGGACUUCUAUAUAUCACACUCUGCAUAGUGUUCCUGAUGACCUGCAAACCCCCCCUGUAUAUGGGCCCCGAGUACAUCAAGUACUUCAAUGAUAAAACCAUUGAUGAGGAACUGGAGAGGGACAAGAGGGUCACUUGGAUUGUGGAGUUCUUUGCCAAUUGGUCUAAUGACUGCCAAUCAUUUGCUCCCAUCUACGCUGACCUCUCCCUCAAGUACAACUGUGCAGGGCUAAAUUUUGGGAAGGUGGAUGUUGGACGCUACACUGAUGUUAGCACACGGUACAAAGUGAGCACAUCACCCCUCACCAAGCAACUCCCUACCCUGAUCCUUUUCCAAGGUGGGAAGGAGGUAAUGCGGAGGCCACAGAUUGACAAGAAAGGACGAGCCGUCUCUUGGACCUUCUCUGAGGAGAAUGUGAUCCGUGAAUUCAACUUGAACGAAUUAUUCCAGCGGGCCAAGAAGCUUUCAAAGGCUGGGGACAGUAUCCCUGAGGAGCCACCUGUGGCCCCAACUCCUGCCACAGAUGGGGAAAGCAAGAAGGACAAAUAGGAUCCUGGCCUUGUCAUUGCACUGCUUCCUUACCUGUCAAUUACAAGCACCUCUUGAGGCUCAGCUCCUUCUCUAUCCAUAAGCCUUGGCUGAGGCUUCGACCCUGUAUUUAAGUUUUCCUUGUCUGGGUGGGGCCGGGUGCUGCUUCUGAUUUUAAAGAGGCAUGGAGGGAAUUGACAGGCACUCUGCAGGAAAACUUGCUCUUUGGCUGGUUAUGGCACUGGAGGAAGGGGGAGAUCUCAUGCAGUGGGGGAGGAAUUAUUUCCCUCCCAGCUUGGGUCAGUGAGUUACCUGCUGUCGACCCCUUGGACGUCACCACCGCCCUGUGGUUUCAUUAUUCUAACUGGACCUGCAUAACCUAACCUAGAUGAAACUUUAACAUUAGAUGCCAUGUUGUAGGGUGUUAAUUUACCCUCGGGGACACUUGGCUUCCUCUGGUCCUGGCUUGGCCUAUGGCAUUCAUAAAAAGUAUAAGCCUAAUUUUGACACAGGUCCCAGGGAGAAACCUUUAACCACAAGAGUUCUCAUCAUUGGAAACAGCAUUGAACAGUCCCCUUGUUUUGUGGGGAUUGAGGAGAAGGGGAAUAGAAGCUUGAGACGUUCCUUUGUGUAGUGGGACCUGGAGGACAAAGCCCCUCCUCCCCUGUACGCACACCCUGUUGAUGGUUUUCCAUAAUAAAGAGACUGGAAUUUC